AUGUGUGAGCGUAUCAUGUUGCUGUUGCAGGGCUACAAUGGUGUGUGCGCGUGCGGCGCUGCGGGGGGCGGGCGCGGCGAGCCGGCGCGCAUGGCGGCGCCAAUGAGGGAGGGCGCGCCGGCCGGCGGAGCUCGCCCCGCGCCCCUCGCGCCCCAUGCGCCCCAUGCGCACCCCGCACAUCCCGCACACCCCGCCAACUUCGAGUAUGAUGAUAACGAAUGGGACAUCGGCAUCGGCGACCUAAUCAUAGACCUCGAUGCCGACAUAGAGAAGACGGACGAGGCGGGCGGCAUGGCGGCGCGCGCCGAACCUGACGCGCAGCGCACCGCGCUCAAGAUGAAGAUCAAGCGCACCAAGCCCGGCACCAAAAGCUCCGAGGCCAAGCACGAGAUCGUCAAGUCGAACGAAAUGAAUGGCGAGCCGAAGACCGCGGCGGCAGCGGCGGCUGCGGCAGCUGCUGCGGCUGCAGCGGCCACGUCGCCAGCAGUCGCCAAGCGGGGCUCGGGGGGCCACCGGCGCGACAAGGCACGGGAGAAGCACCAUCACCCGCACCCGCCCCACGACGUGAACGGAGUAGCGCGCGUGCCGCCGCCGCCCAACGCGCCUGGACCGCCCGCGCCAACUGCGCCGGCUCAGCCGCAGGCAGCCGCGCCCCCUGUUAAGCAGGAGGCGCGCCCGCCCGCGCCGCGCCCUGAACCCAAACCCGCCGCGCCGGCCGCGUCGCCUGCUCCUCCUGCGAGUUCGCCCGCGCCAGCGCCGCAUACACCCCUACCUCCUUCGACACAUGCGAACCAUGCAUCGCACGUGCCUCAUUCACCUCACACACCGCAUGCGACCCAUGCGUCGCAUGCGCCCCACAUGCCUCACGCGCCCUCGCCCGCCGCUAAACCAGAACCGGACGACUCGCGGCAGGAGGCGAACACCGCGCAGCCACCCACUAAGAAACAGAAAACUGAACCUAAGGGAUUGAAGCCUUAG